UGUGUCAUAUGGUGCGCCACUUUACGCUAUUGGGUGAGCUUACUAUCCACUGUGCAGACGGUUGAAUGAUAACAUCAUAAGAGCACGCUGUGCCGAAAACGUGCCGUCAUAUUGCUGACAGUUUGUGUGUUAGGUAAUAGGUUAUCGCUUCACAUCAUUUCAUGCGAUUCUUGUUUAUUUACGAGAAAAAUGACUCAAGCAAAUGACAAUGAAAGUCUAUCUAACAAGCAGUUUUUGAUAAGACCAUGUGAAAUUUAUAAAGAUGAGUUCUUUGAAUGUGAAAGGCCAAGGGCCCGCGUUCAUCAAUAUUUUAUCAAGGGUGAUUACAAAGAUUGCGCAUCUUGGAAGGAAGAUUAUGAAAAUUGCAAAUUAUGGAUGAAUUAUCAAAAUACGAAUGCUUACGCUGCUUUAAUUGAAAGUGAAAAACAAAGAAAAUUGAAUCGGUUUCAAAACCACUUUAGAAAUAGAGUAUGGAACAAGAGAUCAAAUGCACCUGAGAAUUGGAAUUCUCAGUUACCUUUGUGGUGGACAGAAAAAAAUAAAAAUAAUUACUUUUCUUGUAAGUCGAGACAAAUAAAAAAUGGUUCACUCAAUGAUAUUGAUUUAGAAAUUUAUAAUGCUUGCACAAUAUUGUAAAAUAAAUAUUAAAAUUA